AAAAUUGAUUAUAUUUUUGUUAAAAUUCCAGAAAUAGUGCACUGUGAAUGGCCUUUCUUCUUAUCAUCUCAUUCAUCACCCCAUCAAUUUGCAGGAUUAACACACACUGUUGACACUGAUUACUUUCCUCUCUGUAGCGGUGCUGCUGCUCCCGCUCUCUCGGUUAACGCCACGGAGAGGCUCUACCCCUCAGCCAGAGCAAAAGGCUUCCUUCUUGUCUGUGUUGUGAGAGAGUGAGGGAGAGCAAAUGGGAUGGUUCCCAUGCUCAGGACAGUCAAAAAAGAUGAGGAAGAAGAACGAGUCCCUUGAUCCAAUCCAACCCACUUCAGGUAAAUUCAAAGACGCCCCUAAAGAUGGAUCAUCCAACAAAAUUGCAGCCAAGACUUUCACUUUCCGUGAAAUGGCAGCCGCCACAAGAAAUUUUCGUCGUGAGUGUCUCUUGGGGGAAGGAGGUUUUGGUAGAGUGUAUAAAGGACAGCUGGAGGCCUCCAGUCAAGUUGUUGCGAUCAAGCAACUUGAUCGAAACGGCCUGCAGGGGAACAGAGAAUUUCUUGUUGAAGUGUUGAUGUUGAGUCUACUACACCAUCCUAACCUUGUUAAUCUAAUUGGAUAUUGUGCUGAUGGAGAUCAAAGACUUCUGGUUUAUGAGUAUAUGCCGUUGGGGUCGUUGGAGGACCACCUUCAUGAUCCCAUGCCUGGUAACAAACAACUUGAUUGGAACACAAGGAUGAAAAUUGCUGCUGGAGCAGCAAAAGGAUUGGAGUAUUUACACGAUAAAGCUAGCCCUCCUGUUAUUUAUCGUGAUUUAAAAUGCUCUAAUAUUUUGCUCGGCGAGGGGUAUCAUCCAAAGCUAUCUGAUUUUGGCUUGGCCAAGCUUGGGCCUGUUGGGGAUAACACACAUGUAUCAACAAGGGUUAUGGGUACAUAUGGAUAUUGUGCACCGGAGUAUGCAAUGACGGGGCAGCUGACUCUGAAAUCAGAUGUUUAUAGCUUUGGGGUUGUUCUUCUGGAGAUUAUUUCAGGCAGGAAAGCAGUUGACAACUCAAAAACUGGUGGGGAGCACAAUCUGGUUCUGUGGGCAAGACCGUUAUUCAAGGACAGGAGAAAAUUCUCACAGAUUGCAGAUCCUGCACUCCAAGGUCAAUAUCCACCAAGGGGACUCUACCAAGCUCUUGCUGUUGCAGCAAUGUGCGUUCAGGAGCAACCUAACUUACGUCCCAUGAUUGCGGAUGUUGUCACAGCUCUCACAUAUCUGGCCUCGCAGAAAUACGACACUGAAACACAUCCCAUCCAGAGCUCGCGCUGGGGACCUGGUACUCCACCUAGAACGAAAGGAGAUGCCGAUAAGAGAAGAAAUGGUGGCAGUGGAUCUGAAAGAGAACAAACCAAACGACCGUACUGAGGUUUAAGCUAUUCUUUGCAUCAUUUCCUCGGAAAUUCUGUUGUGAAAAUUAUGGUUGCUUCAAGAACUGCUAAUUCCACACGGAUUAAUAUUGUCUACACUUCCCCCUUUGUGCUGUUACUAGGAUUAUUUGGUGUUACUGCAGUUUCAAAAUCAUCUAUCAUUUUUCAGGUAUAUGUUUUGUGUCGUUCAGUAGAAUAGCGUAUCUGGGGUCAUUCUUCGUGGCUGGUUUUGUACAGUUAUAGGAUGUAUGUAGAUAUAUAUGCCUGUAUACUAAACAGCAAAAAGGCUGGUGUAUAAUGAGUGAUUGAUGUUA